AUGACGAGCGCCUCCGAGCUCUUCACCGCGCGCCGCGCCGCCCGUGGGGGCCGCCUCUCCGACCCAGACCCGGACCCGGACCCGGAUCCGCACGUCGACGCGCUCCGGGACCAGCACGGACUCGGCGGCCGGCGCCGGCGCCGCGGGUGCCACCCGCGACGCCAGCUCGACGCCGCCGGGGACGUGCGCCAGCACCUGCACACCGGGGCCCCGCCACCGCGUCGCCGCGGGUCGUACACCGAUCAGAUCUUAUCGUACAUAGACAAUAACAACAUUGGGGAUUCUGCAGCUCGGAGGAACAGACUUGAUAGGCUGAUGUUCAGGACAAAUGAGCGGCUUCCUGGUGCUGUACUGCAAGCACAAGCACGUGUCCUGGAGAGACUCAGAGGCAUUUCUCUUGGUUCAUCUGCCUCCAGGCCAUCCAUCUCAUUAGAUGAGUUUUCUGCUAGCGAUGUGUUUAGAAUCAUCGACUUCACAAAUAGGGAAACCCGUCACGAAGCAAAUCGGCCCCACUCAUCAUCGUUCCACCCAAGCAGUGAAUCAGAUGAAGAAAGACCAACCAUCAGAUCCACUAACUCCAACCGGUCAGCUGGACUUAGCAAGGCGGCUUUCCUGCGUCUGCAGAUUGAGAUUUUUGAGGCUAGGAAAGAUGAUAAGAGAGAGGCAUCACCAGAAUGUUCUAUUUGCCUUGAUGGAUUUAACGAUGGAGAUGAGCUGAUAAGGUUGCGCUGUGGCCACAGGUUCCACUCAACAUGCUUGGAGCCAUGGGUGCGGAAAUGUGCAGACUGCCCAUACUGCCGAACAAAUAUACGGUCACGAUCCUGA